AUGGCCAAGUCGUCGCCGUACGAUGAUCCUGCCAUUCUCAACAGAUUCCUCGACGUGGUCAGAGGCAAUGCCCAAUCUGCAAAGAGUGCGACCCAAUCCGAAAAACCCGUGUCAAAACUCAACCCAGAAAGCCAAGACUUCUCUUCCAAGGUUAUGGCCGCCGGUAGUGAAAGUGGCCUCUCCAAAACCAGCAGCCGUCCAAACAACUUGCAAUCAGGGUGUCAACAGGGAGCUACUGCAAGCCUUCUGGCACCCUCCCAUUCUCCGUUUCCCCACGUGUCUAUUGCUCAAAGGACUGCUCCGGUCGACCUGAUCCAAGAUCAGAAUGGCAUUGUCACCGAACAGACAAACCCGCCCACCGUUCAGGACAGGCAAAGCCUCAUGCAAGAGCAUCCCAAUACGGCCGCAGCAACAGACGGACCGCCAUUUCUGACCCCAACACAGCAUCGACUCCUGGUUGGCAAGAAACCCGGCGUCGAGCACAUCACAGAGAACAGGUUAGCAGAGCUAAGCCAUCAGACUCAGGGUUACAUGGAUAGUGUGGUUGAUCGAUUCCGAAAGUCAAAGGAGCGGAUUCUGGGACAGAAUUCUAUCGCUAGUGGCCGUGUUGCUUUGGCUCGAGAGAAAGAGUCUAACAUGGACGCGACGGAUGCUGCCACAUUCCACCAAAACGACGAGACGUCAAUCGAAUCUCGAGUUAGCCAGGGCAAGAGAGAUGAGCCUGGCAAGACCACUAACCAGCUGGAAGGCUGGCAAGAGAAAGCUCCCGAUAGUGCAUCUUGCCGCACUCUUUUCGCGGAUUCUGCCUACAAAACAGGUGGUCAGCAGAGUGAGAACGACUCUAAGCUCCAAGUUUAA